AAUUACAGCAGAGAGGUUGUGCUGCUCUAACUUCAGCUUUUAAUUCAAACCCUUCAAACCUGAUAGAGCUGGAUCUGAGUGGAAAUAAACUAGAAACUCAGGAAUGGAGAAGAUCUGUCAUCUGUUUAAAAAUACACAUGCAGAUUGGAGAGAUUGAAUGUAGGAAAACUGUUCAGCUCUCGCUACAGUCCGAGAUCAAACUCCAGUCUGAAGAGCUUGAUAUCAGCAACAAAAAUCUGCAGGAUUCAGGAGUGAAGAAACUCCAGAACGCAUUAGAAAAUACAAACUGCACACUGGAGAAACUCAGACUUUCAGACUGCAGUAUCACAGAAGAAGGUUAUAAAGCUCUGGCUUCAGCUCUGAGAUCAAACCCUUCACACCUGAUAGAGCUGGAUCUCACAGGAAAUGAUCCUGGACAAUCAGGAGUGAAGGAGCUCAAUGAUUUACUACAGGAUGAACACUGUUCAUUAAAGUCCAUCAAGUUUCUGAAGAGUACUGCUGCAAUGGAGGUGUGCGAGUAUCUUACUAAAGUUCUGGGUAAAAGUCCAUUAUUACUGACAGAACUGGAUCUGAGUGAAGUGAAAUUAGGAGAUCUGGAUGGAGAGAAACUCUCUGCUCUUUUUGAUGGACUCUCAUACUGUUCAGUUCUAGCUACUGAUCUCUCUCCAAACCAUCCUGAAAGAGCUGAACCUGAACAACAGCCGUCUGCUGACUCAAGAGUCAAAGAGAUCUGUGAGGGACUGAAGAAAUCAACGCUGAAGAUACUCAAGCUCAGUGAGUGUGAUCUAACAGAGGAAAGCUGUUCAGCUCUUGCUUCAGUUCUCAGUUCAGACUCCAGCUAUCUGAAGGAUCUUGACUUGAGUAAUAAUAAUCUCCAGGAUUCAGUAGUGAAGCUGUUCUCUGAUGGACUGAAAAAUAACUGUAAAACUGGAGAACUCAGACUUUCAGACUGCAAUAUUUGA